AUGGCGGCUGCCGGGGGUAGAUUUGAAAGUGCGAGUAGCAUCGAAGAGCGGAAACAACAGAUUCGAAGUGCCAGGACCGAGGUGUUGCGCCAGGCUAAAGCCAAUUUUGAAAAGGAAGAAAGGCGUAAAGAACUGAAACGACUUCGGGGUGAGGAAACAUGGAUGCUACCUGAUGUGAUUAAGAGAGUUGAACAAAUCUCACAGGAAGACUGUGUGAAGAAAAAGAAGAAAAAAGACAAGCAUUCAAAAAAAGUAAAGAAAGAGAAGAAAAAAAAGAGCAAGAAACGAAAGUGUGAAAAAAAUGAGUCAACCGACAGUUCAUCGAGCUCUGAAGAUGAGUGGGUUGAAGCUGUUCCCUCCCAGACUCCUGGCAAGGAAAAGGCCUGGAAGAUUAAAGAUGAAAAGUUAGAAAAAGAAGAUAAUCAGAUUAUUCAGAGGGAUGAAUGGAUGACUGUUGAUUUUAUGUCUGUUAAAACUGUGUCAUCAUGGUCACUCAAAGCUGAAAAGGAAGCUGCAAGGAAAACACAGCAAGAGAAAACCCAGGCACUUGAACAGUCCAGACUGCUAGAAAGAGAAUUGAAUCCAUACUGGAAGGAUGGUGGGACAGGUCUUCCACCAGAAGACUGUAAUGUGUCAUCAGUCACUAAAGUAGAAGAUGGUGGUCUAAGCUGGCUAAGGAAGUCUUAUCAAAGAAUGAAAGAACAAGCUGAGAAACAAAAUAGAAAUUUUGAGGACAUUGUAGCUGAAAGAUACGGGUCAAUGGAAGAAUUUCAGUUGAAAUUAAAAGAAGCUGAAAAAGCUGCAUUUACGAAAGAAGAUGGUAGACGAGAACGGUGGAAGAAACCAGCAUACUCAGAUAAAGCACACAGUAGUCAAGAAAGUGGAAAAUCAGACUUGGUAAAAUAUAAUAAAAGUUCAAGAGGUGGAUAUAAUACAACGGAUAUUGCAAACAGUAUCACUAAAGAUAAGUUUAGUGGUGAUGAAAAAGAUGGUAGAUCUGUGUUUUCAGAAACAUAUAGAAGAGAACCCAGUCCAAGGAAAAAUCAAGAGUUUUCUUCUCAUGUAAAUUUAAGAGCUAAAUUCUUAAGACCCUCUGAUGAUGAAGAAGUGUCAUUUCAUAGUAAGGACAGCAAUUUUGAACCAUGUAGUUCAUCUUCAGCAGUAGUCGCUCAAGAUUCUGUGCAUCGUGGCUUUCGAAAACCCACAGAGAACAGUGAAGAAAGUUUAUCAUGCUGGAGUCGAUUUGGGAGGGGAGACAGGAAACAUUCAAAUAAAAAACCACUAGAAACCAGUCACAGUAUUGACCAUGGAUACGUUUCAGAAAACGUGAGAGAAAAAUCACAGGAGGAAGGCUUGAGAGAGGACUCUGGGACGAAAGAACAUCUACAGGAUACAAAAUCUUCACUUGCCAGAAGUAGUCCAGGGGAUGAGUCUAUCCACGUCUUGAGUGUUGAUGAGAAGAACAAGUUAGGAGCCAAAAUUAUCAAGGCAGAGAUGAUGGGCAAUAUGGAAUUAGCUGAACAACUUAAAGCCCAACUUGAUAAGGCAAAUAAAUUCCAAGACACUGUAACACAGAUGUCAUCAAAAACAUCUAGGAUAGAGGAUGAAGAUCAGGAAGAAGUGAUCCUUGUCAGAACAGAUCAUUCCGGAAGAGUCUGGCCUGUAAACACACCAGGAAAACAAGAAGGAAGAAGGAAAAGACAGAUUGUUUCAACUCAUGAGGAAAAAGAAAGGGUCAGAUACUUUCAUGAUGAUGAUAACUUAAGUCUAAAUGAUUUAGUCAAGAAUGAAAAGAUGGGAACAGCAGAAAAUCACGACAAACUUUUCAUGAGAAUGACAUCUAAGUUUAUGGGAAAAACAGACGGAGAUUAUUAUACUCUGGAUGACAUGUUUGUCUCCAAAGCAGCUGAGAGAGAACGUUUUGGUGAAGAGGAAGAGAAGCAGAGGAAAAAAGCUAUUGCUGAGCACCGGAGUCUUAUUGCACAAAUGGAAAAAUGUCUUUAUUGUUUCCACAGCUCUCAGUUUCCCAAGCACCUUAUUGUUGCAAUAGGUGUUAAGGUUUAUUUAUGUUUACCCAAUGUACGAUCUCUUACUGAAGGGCACUGCCUGAUAGUCCCUUUGCAGCAUCAUAGGGCAGCUACCUUAUUGGAUGAAGACAUUUGGGAGGAAAUUCAGAUGUUUAGAAAAUCGUUGGUGAAAAUGUUUGAAGAUAAAGGAUUGGACUGUAUUUUUUUGGAAACAAAUAUGAACAUGAAGAAACAGUACCAUAUGGUUUAUGAAUGUAUUCCUCUCCCAAAGGAAGUGGGUGAUAUGGCUCCCAUCUAUUUUAAGAAAGCCAUAAUGGAAUCUGAUGAAGAAUGGUCUAUAAACAAGAAAUUGAUUGAUCUCUCUUCAAAAGACAUCAGAAAGUCUGUACCCAGAGGCUUACCUUACUUCUCUGUGGAUUUUGGCCUCCAAGGGGGGUUUGCCCAUGUCAUUGAAGAUCAGCACAAAUUCCCACAUUACUUUGGAAAGGAAAUCAUUGGUGGCAUGCUGGAUAUAGAACCAAGAGUUUGGAGGAAGGGGGUGCGAGAAAGUUUUGAAGAUCAGAGGAAGAAAGCACUGCAGUUUGCUCAGUGGUGGAAACCAUUUGAUUUCACCGGAAAUAAAAAAUGUUGA